AUGGAUCGUUCAAGUAGAUAUAACGAUUUCGAAUGGGCGAUUAGUGUAAAUCGGUUUAUGCUAAACAUCGUCGGUUUGUGGCCGUCAGAUCGGGAUUCGCGACAAAUCGUAGGACCGAAACUUCGACAGCUGUGCAGUUUUAUAACGAUAGUUUUCGUACUCAUGAUACCGAAUUUAAUAUCAUUGAUAAGAGUAUGGGGUGACAUGAUAUCAAUGAUAAAUAAUAUGCAACUUAGUCUACCUCUGACGAUUACAAUUUUGAAAGUCUGUAUUAUUUGGUACAAACAAGAAAUUUUAGCCUCUCUAAUCGAUAUGAUUGAAGGAGAUUGGAUGAAGGUAAAGAUUAAAGAGGAGCGAGACGUUAUGCUAAGAUACGCCAGAAUUACUCGUCUGAUCGCUAUGUGCGGAUUGUUCAUAAUAGUUUUAGCAUUAAUCGUUGGGUUUGGUUUACCAUGUGUCGAAAUGACAAGAGGAUAUAUUACCAACUUUACUAACUCUGGAAAACAUUUACCGAUACCAACAUACUACCUGCACGAUGUGACCAAGAGUCCGCAGUUUGAGCUGACACUACUGGCACAAAUAGUUGCGACGUCCAUGAAUGGUAUAUCUUAUUCUGCGAUCGAUAACUUGUUCGGACUAUUAGUUUUUCACGUAUGCGGUCAAUUAGAAAAUUUAUAUUUGCGGUUGACACAUAUGAAGAAGUAUCUCAACUAUAAUGAAAUUUUGAAAUAUAACGUCCAAGAUCACAUUCGUUUGAUCAGAUCUAUCGAAAUCAUUGACGAUACUUUCAAUUUAAUGCUACUUGGCACGUUACUUUACUUUGCAGGACUAUUUUGUCUGCAAGGAUUUCUCAUAAUUUUUGUUAUUAAUCAAAAAGACCAAUUAUCAGUUACCCAGUUCGGUUGGUUUGUCAUAACGAUUGUAGCUCUUUGUUCACACAUGUGUCUUUAUUGUGCCGUUGGUGAAAUUCUAGUGACACGGUGAUCAAACUUUUUAGCAAAGUAAAAAAUGUCGUUAAGCUGCAGGUUUCCCACGCUUUUAUGGAAGUUUUCAGUGGUCUCUU